UGAAGUUUCUGCGAUCAUCGUCUUCUUCAAAAUUCUAGUGAGAGGAGAGAGAGAAAUCAGAAACCCUAAUUUCAUACAGAUCUGUAAUGGCUUCCAACAAAGAACGCGAGAAUCUUGUUUACAUCGCCAAGCUCGCUGAGCAAGCUGAACGCUACGAUGAAAUGGUGGAUGCGAUGAAGAAAGUAGCGAAGCUUGACGUUGAGUUGACUAUUGAGGAGAGAAAUUUGUUAUCGGUUGGAUAUAAGAACGUUGUUGGAUCUCGUAGAGCUUCUUGGCGUAUAUUAUCUUCGAUCGAACAGAAGGAAGAAUCGAAAGGUAAUGAGCAGAAUGUGAAACGAAUCCAGGAGUAUAGACAGAAAGUUGAAUCUGAGUUAUCGAAUAUUUGUAAUGAUAUCAUGACUGUCAUUGAUGAUCAUCUGAUUCCUUCUUCUUCCGCUGGUGAAUCUGCUGUUUUCUUCUAUAAAAUGAAAGGAGAUUAUUAUCGAUAUUUGGCUGAAUUUAUGUUUGGAGAUGAUAAGAAAGAAGCAGCUGAUCAAUCACUGAAGGCAUAUCAGACAGCAACGACAGUUGCGGAGACUGAUCUGUCUCCUACACAUCCAAUCAGGCUAGGUUUAGCUUUGAACUUCUCUGUGUUCUACUAUGAAAUUCUGAAUUCACCUGAAAGAGCUUGUCAUCUUGCGAAACAAGCAUUUGAUGAAGCAAUUGCAGAAUUGGAUACAUUGAGUGAGGAAUCGUAUAAAGAUAGUACAUUGAUUAUGCAGCUCUUGAGAGAUAAUCUUACUUUGUGGAAUUCCGAUAUUCCUGAGGAUGGAGAUAAAACAGAUGGAGGAGAAGAUGAUGCAUAGACUUUGCAGAAAAUUUGCGUUUUUAUAAGGUUGGGAUUCUAAUAUGGUUUUUUAAUUUGAUGACUUAUCUAUAUAAGUUGUUAGAUCUUUCACUUGAACACGCUUUCUUCAAACAAACGAAAUCAUGGGUCACCUUUGUUGUACGGGUUCGAGAAUUGUAACACUAAAAACUUUUUUGAUAUUGCUGAAAUAUGAGUGUUUUGAAUUUCCUUU